AUUGUAUACAAAUCAAAUCCCCAGACAUCGUCGAAGCAUCUGCACAAGAAGACGACAUGUCAACCUGAGACCGAGCACUUCGGUCCAAUCAAUCGACGGGAAAAUCAAGAAUUCAAUUCAAUAAUUAAUAUGACCCGUUGCACAAGAGGUGGCUCUCGUGGCCCAAGUGGUCUAGUGGAUAACGCUUUGGCGUUUGAAACUAUGGGCACUGGGUUCGAGCCUCGGUGGGAACAUCAUCACUCACUGAGAAAUGCAGGUACAUCCAGCUGACGAGUCCCAAAUAGGACGAAAUGCGCAUCCUGGAUUCCACUGCUAGCCACCAUCCACCAAUUGUAUACAAAUCAAAUCCCCAGACAUCGUCGAAGCAUCUGCACAAGAAGACGACAUGUCAACCUGAGACCGAGCACUUCGGUCCAAUCAAUCGACGGGAAAAUCAAGAAUUCAAUUCAAUAAUUAAUAUGACCCGUUGCACAAGAGGUGGCUCUCGUGGCCCAAGUGGUCUAGUGGAUAACGCUUUGGCGUUUGAAACUAUGGGCACUGGGUUCGAGCCUCGGUGGGAACAUCAUCACUCACUGAGAAAUGCAGGUACAUCCAGCUGACGAGUCCCAAAUAGGACGAAAUGCGCAUCCUGGAUUCCACUGCUAGCCACCAUCCACCAAUUGUA